CCACUAUUCGUGAACGUGAGCAUUGAUCUGUACAACUACGCCACUGUCGAUGAAAUAACCUCGGAAUACACAUUUCAUCUAUUCAUUGACUUGGAAUGGAUUGAUCCGAGACUUAAAUUCAUAAUUCGCGACAAAUAUAAUGAAAAGCCCGCUAAAGACGAGCCCAUCAUCGAGGGCGGCAACUAUCAUAUAUCACGUAUUUGGUACCCAUCCGUGUUCAUCCCAAAUAAUCAAGACCCGGGAUCAUUUGACUACGACGACCAUAGCGCUAAUUUGCUUAAAAUCAGACCCACCGGACAUGUAUGGCUUCGCAAACGGAAACUGCUUCGUGUUUACUGUAAUAUGGAUUUCCAUUUAUACCCUUUCGAUGAGCAGAUCUGUUACCUUCAUCUCGAGAGUAGUAUUUCGACGACAAAUAUACUAAAACUUCGUUGGAAUCCGAAAAUCUCUUUUAGUAAAUCCGAUAGUUUUCAUACCAUUGGUUUCAAUUUAAUGGAUUAUGAAACCAUUAUUACUGAACAGACUUACAGCAAAAACAAUAGCUUCAGUCGAGUGAGUCUCCGGUUUAAUUUGGUCCGGGAGUGGGCCCACUAUAUGUUCCUGUUUUACUUGCCCACCUCCAUCAUUGUGAUCGCCUCCUGGGCCUCCUUCUGGCUCGAGAUCACGUCACCACCGGCUCGGGUGAGCAUCGGUGUGACCACAAUGUUAGCACUGGUCACCACUUUCAAGACCACCAAAUCACAACUGCCUACUGUUUCCUAUUGGAAUGCACUCGACAUCUGGAAUAUGGUUUGCAUCGUGUUCAUAUUCUCGUCUCUUAUUGAGUUCGCGUCCGUUAACUAUAUAUUCAAUUCCGAGAAGAGAAAGAAGAAGAAUAAGAAACUGAAGCGAAAGAGACAGCAAAGUGUACUCAAAGCCAAUGACGAGAAGCCGUCAAACAAUUUGAAAGCUUCUUCUAAACCCAAUUUGGAGACAAUAUAUUCGCAAACCGUUAACACAUUCUCUCAGCUCAACAGAGAUCUGAGCGGACGUCCAAAGAACGUCACCUCUGGUCAGGACUCGGACCUCAACAAGACAUCCACUUUCGACACAAAACCCAGACUUUCGCUAAUUAACAUUGAUUUUGCGAAACAAAUGUCUGACACGAAAGACGAUGUGAUUGUCCGACAGAGAGGGGCUUCGGUGAGAUCGAGGACGCAAUCGUCGGUCCAGAUAUUGGACUCAAUUUGCUAUAAACUGACGCCUCAGGAGUUGGCCAACGAAGUGGACUGCAAGUGUCGGCGCAUAUUUCCACUCAGUUUCUUAUUAUUCAAUUUGGUUUAUUGGACUAUUUUGCAGAUUAAGUUC